AUGACUUCUACGAAGAAAACUAAGCAAUCAUCCAUCAUGAGCUUUUUCGGUAGCACAACACCUAAAGGGAAGCCAACUGAUGAAAUUAAAAAGAAUCAAAAAGAAGAAAAAGAUGAUGAUAAAUUUAUUCAAACAGAAGCAUCGUCUCCGAUUCCUCAAAGAAAUGAGGAAGAUGGUGAUAUGACUAUCCAAAGUACUAGCAAUACAAUUAAACCUGAAAAUAAUUCAAUUGAACAAAAUUUGAACACAACUAAUGACAAUACUCAAGAUCAGAAAGCCAAAGAUCUCGAAAAGAUCAUUCUUAGUCAUCAGAAAAUAGAAUUGAAAGAGAAAAAUAUUGUUCGUAGUGUUGUUAACGUUAAAGACUAUGAGCGAAAGAUCCUGUAUCUUUCCACUAAAUACUAUGACACUGAUGACGAUGAUGAAAUUACUGAUAUGGAAGAUUAUAUUUUUUAA